UGAACGCAGCAUCAGCUGGAUGCUGCGUUACAACUUUAAAUAACUUACCACAGCAGAGUGAUGUCAUCGGUGAAGGUGGAGUGUGUGGUAAAGGCGGGGGCUCUGAUUGGUGAAGGGCCGGUGUGGGAGGAGUCAGAGCAGACGCUGCUGUUCGUCGACAUCGCCGGACACAAAAUCCACCGCUGGAGUCCAACAACCAAUCAGAUGCAGUCUGUGGAGACAGAGGACUCUGUGGGCUUUGUGGUUCCCCGUAUGUCUGGUGGUUAUGUUGCCGGUGUGGGUCGCUGCAUCGUGGCUGUUGAUUGGUCGACUGAGAUGAUGACAUCACUGGUGGAGGUGGACGAGGACAAACCGACCAAUCGGCUGAACGACGGGAAGGUGGACCCAACCGGACGCCUGCUGGCAGGUACGAUGGGGAAGGAGGAGCGCCCCGCUGAAGUUCAGAAAGGACAAGGCUCUCUGUUCUCUAUGACCUCUGACCUCACUGUUACCAGACACCUGAGACAGGUGGACAUCUCUAACCUGUCUGUCUCUCAGGUGGACAUCUCUAAUGGCUUGGACUGGUCUUUGGACCAGAAGACGUUUUUCUACAUCGACAGUUUGUCUCUGACGGUCGACGCCUUCGACUACGACCCAACCACAGGAAACAUCUGUAACAGGCGUGUGGUGUACCGGCUGCAGGAGGGGGAGGGGCUUCCUGAUGGGAUGGCGGUGGAUGCUGACGGCCGUCUCUGGGUGGCGUGUUAUAACGGAGGACGAGUCAUCAACAUUGACCCGGCUACAGGUGUGCGUGUGCGUAGCGUGUCUCUGCCGGUGAUGAAGACUACUUCCUGUUGUUUUGGGGGUCCAGGAUACUCUGACCUCUACGUCACAUCAGCCAGUCUGGGCCUCGACCAAUCAGAGCGCAGAGAGCAGCCGCUGGCCGGACACACCUUCAGGGUAACAGGACUCGGGGUUAAAGGUCGUCCUUCGAACUCGUUCUCUGGAUAAUCUUCAUCAGCCAAUCACAGCGCAGAUCACCAUUAAUCUGUCACCAACUCUUAUGAAUGAAUGAAUGAAUAUCUUGUGUGGGGGGUUAGGGUGUAAUCAGUAAGUAGUUUAAUGAGCUGGAUAAUGUAGAGCGAGCCCUAACUCUACGUAAUCUUUUGAUAAAUAAAUGGGUAAUGUUAAAGAGUAUGAUCCUUUUAGUUUAACAUCAAACAGCCCCGAAAUCUCCAUCACCAAACUACACCAGACUCCAUGUAAAUAAUCAGGACUUUUAUCAU